AAGGAGAGAAAUGGCUGAAGUACUUGCUUCCAAGAAACUCAUCAAGCCUUCUUCUUUAACACCUUUAACUAAAAAAUGGCACAAACUUUCUCUCAUUGAACAAGGCCAAACACACACUUAUAUACCCUUUGGUUUUUAAUACUCCAAAAAUCAAUUAGGUGCACUCUCUAAUCAACCUUCCCAAAUAUCUAAUCUUCUUGAAAACUCCCUCUCAAGAAUUUUAGUGUCCUAUUAUCCAUACGCAGGAAACAUGAAAGAUAACGCCACGAUUCAUUGUAAUGACAAGGGUGUUGAGUUCUUGAAUGUGCAAAUUGAUGCACCCAUGUCACAAAUUCUCAAUCACAAAGAUUGUAGUGCCAAAGAUUUAAUUUUCCCUCCCGGUGUAGCUUGGGCUAAUGAAUCAGAUUACGGCUUGGCUGUGAUUCAGUUGACACAUUUUAAUUGUGGAGGAAUAGCAGUUAGUACAUGUUUGUCACAUAAGAUCGGAGAUGGAUGCAAUGCUAUACAAUUCUCAAUCGAUUGGGCUACAUUAACCCGCGAUCCAAAUGUAGAAAUAAUUCCACCUUAUUACAUAAGAGAUACUAUUUACCCAUCACCACCAACAGGUCCCCUGGAUUCCCCUGUAGUUACAUCAAUAUUAGAUGGUUGUACACAGAAAAGGUAUGUUUUUUCCUCUUCAAAAAUAAAUGCACUUAAGUCCUAUGUUGCUAGUGAAACACAAGUGAAAAAUCCUACGCGUACCGAUGUGGUGAGUGCACUUAUUUUCAAAUGUAUUGCUAAAGCAGUGACCGCGAACUCACGUUCCUUUGUUCCUUCUAAAUUAAUCCAUUACGCAGAUUUACGAGAAAUGAUUUCCCCAAAGUUACCACCUAACUCACUUGGAAAUGUUCUAUCUCAUUUUUCGACACAUAUUUCCAAUGUGGGAGACAUGAACUUACCAAAUAUAGUUAGUGUCAUGAGGAAAGAAAAACAAUUAUUUAGGACAAGAGAUAAUAUCAAAGAAAAUGCAUGGGCUUUGGAAAUUCUUGAAUCAGCUAAAGGAUUGCCACCCCAAAAGAAGGAGUUUGAUGAAUACACUUGCAGCAGUAUGUGUAAUUUUUCUUGUUAUGAUGUCGAUUUUGGUUGGGGAAAGCCCGUGGCUGUGACCAUAGCUAAUGGUCCUUAUAAUAAAUUGUUCAAUUUGUUGAACUACAGAGAUGAUGGCAUCGAAGCGUUCGUUAUGUUGAAUGAACAAGACAUGUCUGUAUUGGAGUGUGAUGAAGAAUUUCUUCAAUUUGCUUCUCCUUAUGAAAAGUACUUUUAGAUGUGCUAAUGAUUUAUGUUGUGAAGCAAGGGUGUUGAAUAAUGAUUCUUUAAGUGGUUGCUAAGUAUCAUUUAAUAAUAUAUCAUGUAUUACUUUAUUAUAUUAUGUUGUACCGUACUGUUUUUAUUCAUACACUGUUUGAAUAUAUUGUAUUGUU